UUCAGAUCUUUUCAGGUCGCAUUUUGAGAAUAUGCAGCAUUGGCAUUGCACUUCCUAAUUAUUUGAACGACUUUCACAAUUGCUAAUUUAAUUACUAAUUGUUUGAGAACCAAGAAGGACUUCUCCCUCUGUCUUUCUGUCCUUCCACUCGUUUUUGGAAUGAAGAGGAUUGAGACCAUUGACCCUCGUCCUUUCUCCAUUUUUCUCCUAAUCUGGUUGGACCCAUUUUUUGAAAAAGAUCUUGUUAAACCAAUAAGUUCUCAAAUUCCAACAAUCAUUCCCUUUAAAGAGCUGCUCAUCACCACCAAUAGACUCAAAAUCAAGGCUAAGUCUUAGUUUUUUGCCAUCUUCCAAUAGUCAUGAUCACAAUCAUGGAAACCAAUAUUUGGUUUGAGUAAGAAACAUUUAUAAACUCCUAGUUCAACAGACAUCCUGAGGAUCAAGGUUGGCGAAGAUUGAGCAAAAACAUUCAACUUGAAGAAUGAUGAGGAGUACAAAUCCAAGGCUUUCCACUCAAUUAUAUGUCUUCUUCAUUAUGCUUGUAUGUCUACUGCUAGCAGAAAGAGUUUGGGGAGAUGGAAGAACGCAGAAAGUCAAUAUCUUAUGUGGAGGUCCACACGAGCAGAAUCCAUCAAUCUUUGUUCAAAAUUAUGUAAUUUCAAUGGAAAAUCUCAAUCAAAAAAUACGCACCUCGAGUUUUGUAGUAACAACUACGAAAGCACAGGAUGCACCAAACGGCCACUAUGGCUUUACACAAUGCUAUGGAUACCUUAAUACGGCUGACUGCACAUCCUGCUUUGCUGACGCAAGACUACUGGUUACCCAAUGCUAUCCUUUCACAACUGGUCGCGUUUACCUCGACGGCUGCUACCUGAGAUCAGACAAUUAUAGCUUCUUUGAGGAGUACCAGAGGCCUGAUGAUGCGGUUGAAUGUGACAAUACAACAAGGAUGGGUUCAAAUACUGAAGCCUCGGCAAGGCAGGCUGUAAUUCGAGCAGGGGCAGAAGCUCCCAAUAAUGGAGGCUACGCGCACAUUGAAUUGGCAGGUGCUGGCAAUGACACUGCCUAUGUGUUGGCGGAUUGUUGGAAGACAUUGAACAAAAGUUCUUGCAAGGCUUGCUUGCAGAAUGCAUCUGCAGUUAUAAGAGGGUGCUUGCCAUGGUCUGAGGCACGAGUGCUAAACGCGGGGUGCUUCAUGAGGUACUCAACUAGAGAUUUCUUCAAUAGCAUACCUGCAAGCAAAAGAUCAAAAGGUAAUUGCAUCAUAUGUUAUCUUCUGAUAUCUAGUAAAGUUGAUUCAUCCGAACCGAAGCAGUUCUUCAAAGUUGUUUUAAUGGAGCAUACUGACCCUGUUUCCCUUCAAAACAUUCAAGCUACAGUCCUAUUAUGGAUGUGUGUUAAGUUUUGCAGUGAACAUAAUAAGAAUAGCGGUUUCAGUCAGCGUUUCCCUGCUGUUUUUGGUUGUCGGAGUGAUUGUAGGAGUCUAUAUACGCAAGCGGAGAUACAUUCAGAAGAAAAGAAGAGGUUAUGAUGCAAGAAAGUUGGUAAAAACCCAUCACAACAAGAAAUUGGAUUUCAAGUACUCUACAUUGGAGAGGGCUACAGGUUAUUUUGACAAUGUCAAUAAGCUUGGGCAAGGAGGAUUUGGAGCGGUUUAUAAGGUUGUUUUAAUGUUUUGUAUUCUUCCUUUUCUGCAUGUUGCU